AUGAGGACUAAGGCAGAUGAUGAGGGUAGAGCUGUUGGGUGUUCUCCUUCCCCCCUUCUUCCCUCUGUCGCCUCUGCUGCUGCUGUCGACCUUCUUGGUGCUGAGAAGGUCAGGACUGCGUCUGCUUCGAGCGGGCGCCGCAGCGGCAAGGGCAAAGGGGGCAAGGGUGGUGGUGGCGACGGCGAGGGAGGCGGCGGUGGGGGCGGUGGAGGCGGCGGGGGUGGUGGCACGACUGGGGGGACUAGUGGCAGCGGUGGGGGUGGUGGCGGCAGCGGCGGGGGUGGUGGCACGACUGGGUGGUGA